AGGAAGUUCUGGAGAGAGAAAAGUCAACAGAGAUGUAGAGACAGCAGCUCCGACAGCGACUCGAGGCAGCAGAGGAAAAGAGACCAAAACAUGGACGCCGCUUUCAGCCCCGAUGUUCAGAUGGACAGAUUCGGCACUCCCACUGAGGUCCCAUCCCUUCCAGUUGAGCUUAAGGUGCACUCCCAGUAUACUUUUCUGACAAACAUGGUGCAGAGGAAAUGUGCCAAUAGAUGAAAAUAUGUCAGCCUGACAUGGCCAGCUGAUGUCAACGUCAGUUUUCAUCUCUGAACCAUCCCAAAUAUUGUUUAUGACAGAUAAUAAUAUUAUUACCUUUUACAUUUACUUAUUGAUAUCUUUGACACACAAAAAACAAACUAGAAUAUAGAAUCCCUGCUAAACAUACUAGUAGUUUUUGAUUGCUUAUUUCAUAGUAACAGAUCUUUCUUCCACCCCUUUAAAUAACAUAAGUCUAUCAAGUUAAUAUUAGCUGCUUAAUUAUCACAUCUGUCUGCUUGGGGAACCAGCCUGCAGUCAGCUGCUUAACAUCACAUGUGCAUCCUGCUAAAUGUAGUUUUAAACAAAUGUUUCCAGAUGAAUUUCUCUGUCUUGCUAGCAAAAGGAAUGUGUUAUAGCCUUCUUUCAGCCAGCUAACUGGAAGUGCACAGCUUUUCUUUUUGCAGCACACAGCCAGGACUUUAGUGCCGUUUCCAGCAUUUUAUUGGAAACACUUUAAACCGUUGGAAACUUUGUUAAAAACCUAAUUUUUAUUAAUCUUGGUCUGUCUUGAUAAGUAGUAAAGGGCAGCACUGGUUGAUUUUUUUAAACAUCUGUUAAAGGAUCUUAACUCUGUUUAAGAAGGUUAUCACUGUGAAAAUAACAGAAAUUAAGGUUGGGGGCAUCAGAACACCAGAAUGUUGUCGUGAUCCGAGCUCCGCCUCAUCUCUUCUCUGCCUGCUGUGACUGAAGGUGGAAAGCUGGAAUCUAAAACAUCUUACAGUUGCAUCCUAACAGAGUUCGGAGUAACUUUGAUUAAGGUAAAGUCCGAAGAGGGUCUUCUUCUUUUCCCUGUCUCCCAACAUCACUCAGUGGCUGAACAGGUUGUGGGGAUCUGUGGAGGAUUUGUGGGAUUACACGGACGGAAACAGAGCUGUAGUUCUAGCUGCUUGGAUAGAACAAUGCUAGACUUCUUCUCUAGUUUCCCGAACAACAUUUCACUUCCAAUCCAAAAGUCUUCUUCAGUUCUGAUCCUGGGUUUGUUCCCUGCUAAUUAGUGGUAGUUGAAACAAUCACCCAAAAGGGUCGUUAAGGUCACACGAGUCUCUGAGCUGCUAUCAGAGCUAAAGUCCACGAAGAAGAUUGACCGCUACCUGCCUGGAAGAUCUGGUUCAUGCUGGAUGUGCUGCAGGCAUGAUGGUGGAGCAUUGAAUGAAAGAUGUCUCUGGACACUGAUCUGUUGAAGAUCUUGGUGAAGAUGGGCAGCUGGUCCAAAACCUCUGUAAUAAGAUGUUCAGCAGAUUCAUUUGGUUAAAGAAGAAGCUCCUGAACAACAGAGUCCUGGUGGUGGCGAGCAGGACACAGAGCUUCUUCACAUCAAGGAGGAACCUUGGACCAGUCUGGAGGAAGAGCAGCUCAGUGUGAAGGCGGAGAUGGACCCCACCAGGUUUCCACUAACUGUAGUUGUGAAAAGUGAGGACGAGGAAGAUAAACCUCUGUUCUCACAACUUCAUGAACACCAAACAAAAGGCAGAGAUCUUCCACCCAUCAGCUCAGCUGAUCUGAUGAAAGCAGAAACUGAUGAAGAGGACUGUAGAGGAGCAGAGUCCAGCAGGAACCCAGAUCUAAAUACUCACAGAGACACUUCCAACUCUUCAGAGACUGAUGUCAGUGAUGAUGAAGAGGAGGAUGAUGUGAACCAUCCUGAGCUUCAGAUGGAUCACCUGUCAGACUCUGGGUCUGAAACUGAGGACAGUGAGAAUGACUGGAAGGAGAGCAGAGCUGCCGAGUCCGGAGGACACGCUGUCACCAAGUCUUUGAGCUGCUCUGAGUGUGGUCAACAAUUUGUUAACAAGCGCUCUCUUCAGAGACACGUGACGGGCAAUUCAAGAAGAAGAUCCUCAAACUGUUCAGCUAAAGCAGGUUUUAAGAAGAAGAAAAAUGUUGACUCACUGAAAGUCCAGACUGGUUUAAAAUGUUUUACCUGUGAUGACUGUGGUAAAAGUUUUAACUUAAAAACCUCUCUGAAUCGACACCUGAGAAUCCACACAGGAGAGAAACCAUUUGGCUGUGAUGUCUGUGGGCAAAGAUUCAACCAAAAGUCUCACCUAAAAAUUCACAGGAGAAUCCACACAGGAGAGAAACCGUUUGGUUGUGAUGCGUGUGAACUGAGAUUUAACCAAAAGUCAAGCCUAAAUUUACACAUGAGAAUCCACUCAGAGGAGAAACCAUUUAGCUGUGAUGAUUGUGAGCAAAGAUUCAACAAAAAAUCUGAUUUAAACAAACACAAGAGAAUCCACUUAGACGAGAAACCAUUUGGUUGUGAUGUCUGUGGGAAAAGAUUCAGUCGAAAGACUGAUUUAAACAUGCACACAAGAGUCCACACAGGAGACAAACCUUUCAGAUGUGAUGUUUGUGGACAAACAUUUAGCCUGAAGGCUAAUUUAAACAAACACAUCAGGAUUCACACAGGAGACAAACCGUUCGGUUGCCUCUUUUGUGAACAAAGAUUUAACAGAAGGUCACAUUUAAACAUACAUGUCAGAAUCCACACUGGAGAAAAACCAUUUGUUUGUGACGUUUGCGGUCAAAGAUUCAGUGAUAAGUCGGCUGUAAACAAACACAUGAGGAUCCACACAGGAGACAAACCUUUUGGUUGUGAUGUUUGUGGAAAAGGAUUUAACCAAAAGUCAAGUUUAAACAAGCACAUGCGGAUCCAUACUGGUGACAAACCAUUUGGUUGUGAUGUUUGUGGACAAAGUUUUAACCAAAAGUCAACUUUAAAAAUACACAUGAGGAUCCACACAGGAGACAAACCGUUUGGUUGUCACGUGUGCAGACAAAGAUUUAACCACAAAUCAAACUUAAACAAGCACAUGAGGAUCCAUACAGGAGAAAAACCCUACGGUUGUCAUAAUUGCGGGAAAAGAUUUUACCAAAAGCCUCAUUUAAACAGACACAUGAGAAUCCACAUAGGAGAGGAAGCAGUUUAGAUGUAGACAUUAAAAGCUUAUUCCAGCCGGGAGACCCUGAAGAGUGCUUUCCCAGGACCCUAAUCUCCUGAAAGCAAUCAUACCCUGGCCAUUAGGGGUCCCAAACCGGACCGCUCACAUCGCUUACAUCCAGUUGCAUGAGAGGGUCCUACUGCAGAACGGCUGUUGCCUCAGUGCCAUUGGUCCGAGGAUUCAGGUCAACUCCCAGCACAGCAGCGGGGUCCAGAAUGCCAUUAGAAAUAGUGAAAAUACACCUAUACAUCCUUCAUAUCAGAAGUUUCAUAGCGGUUAUGGUUUAAAAGCGAAGUACAGUCGCUCUGAACUGUGUGGAAAGGUAUAACUUAAAAGGAUUUUAAAUGAACUGCUCUGAUCCAGACACCUGAGUUUACGGUUGUGAAAAUAAAAGCCGUGAUUUUCAACCAUA